UCCUGAUCUACUGGGAGUGUCAGUUAAUGUUACCUGUAUAGCAAUGAUUGGAGGAAUUAAAUAUAAUCAAUCCCUAAUAAUAGAUGUAUUUUGUACGCCAUCAUGUGCUCAAGGUAUUUGCAUUCUAAGCAAUAUCUGUGCGUGUGAUCCUGGAUGGACUGGCUCAAGAUGUGAAGCAGACAUUGAUGAAUGUAGUAUGAAUAUUGAUGACUGUUAUCAUAGCUGCAUUAAUACUAAUGGAAGCUACUAUUGUGAAUGUAUGUCAGGGUUCAGGCUACUUGCUAAUGGUACCUAUUGUGAAGAAAUUGAUGAAUGCAGUGAGGAUCCUAAUCUGUGCCCUAUUAAUAGCAACUGCCUCAACACAUAUGGAGGCUAUAGGUGUGAUUGUAUCAAUGGAUAUCACAAGAAUCAAUCAGGAUAUUGUAUAGAUACUGAUGAAUGUGCUACUAAUGCUAGUAGUUGCUCUCAAUUAUGCAUUAAUACUGAAGGAUCCUACGAUUGCUCUUGUAAUGAUGGUUAUACAAAACGAUUCAAAUAUUUCUGUUUUGAUAUUGAUGAAUGUGAGAAUACUAGUAUCUGUUCUAGUGAUCAUCAAGUGUGUCGAAAUACACUAGGUAGCUAUAGAUGUUCUUGUAAAGAAGGAUUUAAAUAUGACAGUGAUGGCGUGAAUUGUGAACCAAAAGCAUGCCACGAAGUCAUACAACCACCGAUCAAUGGGAACCUUUAUUGUAAUGGUAACAGGACUAAUAAUACUUGUCAUUAUACUUGUAAUAGCGGAUAUGUAUUAAGUGAUUUAUCCUCACGCACCUGCCAAUCAAAUGGACGUUGGUCAGGAAUACCUCCUUAUUGCUCCCCUCUUCCUUGUCCUACAUUGAUGCCACCCAGUAAUGGUUACUUACAGUUACCUUGUGAUGGAGUGUAUCAAUCACAAUGUAUUAUAAGGUGUUUUGAUGGAUAUAAAUUAGCUAGUACUAAUGAUACUACUAGUGCAGUGACUUGUGAUUUACUACCAAAUAAUGAAACUAUUUGGAGUAGUACUGAAAAAUGUCAAGAAAAGGAUCCUUGUGAGCCUAAUCCCUGUCUUCAUCAUGGAGUCUGCUCCAGAGUUGAUUCUGAUGAAGGAUUUGAGUGUAAUUGUACUGACAUUUUUUAUGAAGGAAAGACAUGUGAAAGAGCAUUAGUACUCAUUGAUCCUAUUGAACCUGUGAUGAUAGGAGAUCAUAAAAAGAUAUCUGUUAGAUCCAAACCAGAUAAAGAAACAACAUAUAGAUUCAGAGAUUGUAGUUUUGGGGGUGCAAGAAGAGCUUUUAUUUUUACCUGCACCUUCACUCUCAAUAAAACUAAAACUAUUGAGAAUGUGACUGUGGUGGGUUUAAAACCUGGUCCAUACAUUUUGCAGCUUGAGGGUGUCUCUCCUGUUGAUAUGCUUUUUGUUUCUGGAUCUAAUGAAUCACUUUAUUUUAAUAAAUCUGACAAUAUUCAGCCAAGUUGUUGUUCAAGCACUCAUGCAUCAAUAUGUGGUGACCAAAUACCAGUGCAGUUAAACUCAUCUUGCUCAUGGGAUUCUGAUACAACAAGAGGAAUAGUUUUCAUUAUUUAUGACAACCUAACAGUUCCUCUUUCACUGGCUGGUGUGAACAUAUCAUCAGAAAACAACAUUGCACUACCUUUAGAAGAUGAUGAUGCUAUGUGCAGUAAUUGUGCUAACAAACUGACAGAACUGGGUUCUGGUAAAUGCUAUAAGCAUAUGCCUACUCCUGAUGACUUAAGUGAGUUUGUUAAGAGACAGUCACUCACAAAUUCUUUUUUGUCAUCAAUAAAAUCAAGUCUAUUUCCCAGUUGGUUUAAUAUUUCAAUAACUGAUAAUCUUAAUGCCAUUGAUAAAGUUAGCAGUACUGACUAUCUUGCUAAACUAGUAUCACCAGCUAAGCUAAUAAAUGAGAAAGGUUGUGAAUCAUUAGUCAUAGGGGAUAAGAACAAAGGAAGAUUUCUUGUAUUACAGCAUAAUGGACCGAUAAACCUUACAUUGGAGAAUGAACAAUCUUUUGUACUCAACUCUCGAUCACCAUCUGAUUUUUACUGCAUUGCUGUUCAUGUUUGUUCAGGUCAAAGGUCACCAGUCUACAUUGGACUACCUCCUUCAGCUCAAGAUGGCAUCAAAAAAAUUUCCUUUAUUUCAAAUUAUAUCAAGAAGGGAUGGACAUUUGACUUUAAAAGUGUCUCUUUAAGUAAAACACUUCAGCAAUCAGUAUUACAAACUAAGCUUUGGAAUGGCUACCAGUACAUGCAACAACAUUCUGGAAUCCAUUUUCAGUAUGAUACACUAGUGAACAUGAAUGUUCAAGGAAUGUUUUCUUAUGGAAUAGCAAAUGUUGCAUUGACUUUCAGGGGAUUAGCUCAAUAUAAGUAUAUUACAACAAAAGAAAAAGCUAAUGAAGCACUACUUUUUGGAGAUUGUACUUUUACAGUGAUGUCAAGAGUAAACAAUAGCUUAGAAAAAUUAGAAUUGAAGAAAAUUUCAACCAACAUCUCUAUAUAUCACAAAGAAAACUUAUCAUCAAGUUCAAGUUGUUCAAUGGCUCCAACAAAUGGAGCAUCAUUCAAAUUGGCAUAUACUCCACAACAAGAUCAGGCUUUCUAUUUGAGUGUACUGGAACUACCUUUCGAUACUGCUCAAUGUCCAGUUGAUGUGUUCCUUAGUUUAAACAGUAAUCAGGAUAUGAAUGGGUUGAGUUUCUAUUCAGAAUGUCUUGAUGUAUCAUUUGGAGCAUUAUUAUUCACUAGUCUAGCUCACAAAAUAUAUAUUCCAAUGUCUAAUGAUACUUUAUGUAUUAAACCAAAAAACUUCACUUCUCUCUUCUCCACAGCAGAGUUUGGUCUUGUCAUUCAUUCUUCAUUGAAUGCUAGUCGAUUAAGAUUGAAUGCAUUUAUUCAGUUAUUACCAGGUUAUGAUGAAACUGCAUUGUCAUUAGGCUUUUACAAAUACAGUAAUGAGAAAGUAGGCCUGAUACACUCGUUAGAAAUGACAAUGUUUGAUAAUACAUUUGUGACACAAGCCAGACUAAGAAAUCUGGAGCUUAGCUAUGGUGAUUCAAUGAUUCACUUAUUUAAUAAGAAAUUUUUCACUGCCAAUAUUCAAGGCAUAGCCAGUACUAGCAGGCAGUGGAAAGAUUUGACAGUUAACGUAAAUGGCUGGUUUCCAAAAGGUGAUGAAUAUUUUGUUGAUACAAUGGAAAGGAAUGUAAUAAAGAAGAUAACUACAUUAGGAAAUGAAGCAAACACAAGAAAAGGAGAAGCUGAUAAACAAUUACUUGAAGCUAUAGCUAGACUAAUAAGAGCAGGCGGUCAACUAAAUGAAGCUAGAUUGGCAUUUAGUAAUGCCUCGACUCAACUGAUUACAGUGGAAGACAAUCUUGCAGAAUCAAGAGAACGCUUGACGUUAGCUGAAUUAAAUGUCACAAUGGCCAGAAGUGAAAUACGAGAAGCAGAAGAUGCUAUCAAUGAUGUCUGUGAUGUACAGAUUUGUCCUUUGGAGUGUCAGAAUGCUACAAGAAAACGGACUGUGUACAGAGAUGUAUACUAUGAAGCUGAAGGAGUUUGUGAUUCAGUUUGUAAUUACACCAUUAGUGUUAGAGUAGCACCAUACUUUGUAUCUGCUAAGGAGUGGGAAAUAAGACAAUGCUGUAAUGAUGUGCAAUACACUUGUGGAGAUGCAUAUUGUAAUUCCAUUAGAUGCUCAGGUGUCAGGAAACCAGUUAACGUAACUCGUCAUGUUUAUAACUACAAGGAAGCUGAGAGGCAGGGUCCUUGCAAGGUUCCUUGUAUAACUGGUCAAUAUCAUGCAAGAAUUGAAGAAACUGAAGAAUAUAUUGAUCCAUGUGGGGGUAGGGGGCCUAAUGCUGCUUGUGUGGCUUCUAAUGCUCAAUGUAACAGAGAAAGAGAAGCAUCAUUAAGAGCACUUGAAAUAAGGAGGAGUGAACUGGUGGCACCAUUAAGAGAAAGGAAUAGAGCAAGAGCUGAAGUGGAGUUGCUAGAAAUUAGGUCAAGUCAAGCUCAACGCAAUGAGCAAUUAGCUAACGAGACAUUAGUCUCAACACAAUCACUCUACAGGUCUAUCACUCAAUAUAAAGAAGCAGUAGAGAAGAGUCAUAACAUGAUAUUAGAAGAAAUAAAAAAUGAUCUACAGUUAUAUAACUUGACACAGGAGUAUGGUAAUAAUGCAUUUGUUAUUACUAAUAUAACAUUCUCAGUACCAAUCAGUGAAAGCAAUAAUCCUUCAGCUUUCCCAAUUGUAAUAACCUAUGACACUCCUCAAAGAGCCAAUCAGCAAUUAAAUUAUGUGUAUGAUUUUAAUACUCAAUUCUCAUUGCAAGCAGAAACUCUUGCAAAUGAUAUAAUUGACUCUCUUUUCGCAUCACAGAGGAGGAGAAGGAGAAGGCAAACAGAAGUAAAUCAACCAGGACGUGAACAGUUUGAAAUUCAAUGUGCUCAAUUGAAAAGCAUUAACAAAUUUAUUCGAUACAUGCAUACUACACUAGAAGAGGCUGAAAUGAGUGGAAUGAAUAUAAGUGAGUCACUGAUUGAACUAAUAGAGUCAUCCAAUGUUGCUAUUAACACAACUUCAGUCAGUAAUAGGACUGGUCUUGGUAAUUAUACUAAUUUUAAAGAACUGUUUGAUAUAACACUGGAAGAAAUAGAACAAAGUAGACGAGAGUUAGGUAAUGUGGAAGACGAAGUGUUAAGUUCAGUUAGAUCAUCAUACAAGAGUCUACAGAGUCAAGCACAGUCUGUCUUAGAGUCACUUGAAGCCACACUACUAACCCAAUGGAGGUCUGGCUUAGAGAUAUUACUUCAAGGUAAUAGCACUGUAGCUGACAGACCCUGCUCAGGACUGGUUGACUGUAUAUUAGUAUUGAAUGGCUCAUUGAGCAAUUUACUUUCUUUUGCACCAUCAGAGACAGCAUUUUUAUCACAGAGUCUACCAGUAGCUUCACAACUCUUUCUACAGCUAGCAAUCAAUGAAUUAACCAAUUUCACUGAAGCUAGGAACAAACUAACUCCUAUUAGAUCUCUUGUACAGGCUAUGGUUGAUAAUGGCUACUGGUGCUCUACUCUACCACAAGUGAUUGUACAUCCAGUAGCAGAGACUAGUGUACAAAUAAACACUGCUCUAACUCUAACAUGCAGAGGUAACUCCAGUCUACCAGUUUCAUAUCUAUGGAGAAAAGAUGGAGUAGCAAUACCAAACACUAACAGUCACACAUUAGUGCUUAAUGAUAUGCAAGUAUUCGAUGAAGGUAAUUAUAGUUGUGAGAUUACAAAUGAUGUUGGCACUACCCGUUCAACAAAUUCAAGCGUGCAAGUUUUCAUUCUUCCUGAGUAUUAUCAGCUACCAUCAUCAGUCAUAACAUACAUAGGAGAUGAGAAUGGAGCUUACUUUACAUGCAAUGCUACAUCAAGACCAGCUCCUGGUUGGAGGUGGUAUCACAGAUCAUCUACUAGAGGACAAUGGAGAGAGCUAAUAGGAGAAGAAACAAAUGAACUCUUAAUAAGGAGUCCAUCACGGUCUGAUGAAGGAGAAUACAGGUGUGAAGCUUAUAAUGAUUUUGGUAGCAUUUCAUCAGAUCCUGUCACAUUACGCCUUAUAUCAGUAACAGUAAGAGUGCUAGUAUAUAAUGUAGAAAUAUUGAUGGUGAGACAGAAUGAUACUGAGCUGAGUGGAAGAGACAUUAGUUUACAAGAAGAUUUAAAGAAUAAGUUUGAAGAAGGGGUUUCAUUUGGAGAUGUGGUAUUAUCAGAGGAAAUUGGAGUGAGAGAUGUUAUACCAGAUGAAGAAAUAGUCAUUAGUUUCAAACUAAUCAGUCCCAAUGUAACUAUACCUCAAAAUAUUCAUUUAGAAACUAUUGUGAAUAACCUCACGGCUUAUAGGCUUCAACUAAACAGAGUAAGAAAUGAUUUGGAAAGGUUUUUGGACAAUUCUGAAGAUUUUAUACUGGAAUACGAAGACUCUGAAUAUCAAUACAGACGCAGCUCAUUUAGUGUAGACAUACCAGAAAUACAGUGUCCACCUGGUCAAGAACUUCAUUCAAACAGAUUCCUAUGUUCUGAUUGUCUUAAAGGACAGGAGCAAGCUGUGAUUGUUGAGAGUAGAGUGACUGAUAGCAGGACUAUUAUUGAGAGAGUACCACACUGCUCUCCUUGUCCUUUUAAUACUUAUCAGGAUAUGGCUGGAAGCGGACAGUGUAAGCCUUGUCCUGUUAAUCAUGUUACAUUUAUAACUGGUGCUAUAUCUGUUGAUCAAUGUACAGAGCUAUGUCCUGUCAAUCAUAACUCAUCAAAUGGGCUAAUGCCAUGUAGACCAUGCCCUAGUAAUACUUAUCAACCUACUCCUGGUCAAAUUGAGUGUCUUCCUUGUACAUCAGAAAGUGACAGCAUUUUAUGUUCAAAAAAUCCAUGUGAGAAACCUAAAAUUAUUGGUUCAUGUAAUGGAGAGUAUCUUAGAUUUUAUUACGAUAAUUCAAUGGAGCAGUGUGAACCGUUUAUGUACAGUGGUUGUGAUGGAAAUGAGAAUAACUUCCCUUCACUAAAUGAGUGCUCUCAAACUUGUGGAUGCCCACAGAAUGAGUCCAGUCUAUUGGAUUGUACCAAUGAUCCUUGUCAGUCUAAUACAUGUCCAUCUGCUCCUACUGCUCAGUGUUUUCCUGAUUAUUGUGGCAAUUGUACUAGCAGAUACUAUUACAAUGAUCAAGAAGUGACUGAGACAUGCUCUUGUAGCAAUGGUUUAAAACCUGUUCUAUGUGCACCAUCUUGUCUGUCAACUUGUCAUAUUCCAGAGCCAAUAUGUCCGGUAUCUACCUGUGUACCAGGCUGUGGUUGUACUAAUGAUACCAUAUAUGAUGAGGUUAAAGAGGAAUGUGUCCUACCAUCAUCUUGUGAUACUUGUAGUCUUCCUCCUCUUAGUGGCCCAUGUCGUGGUGCGUUCCCUCGUUGGUUUUAUAACUCUUCUUCUGGUAGUUGCGAGCUAUUCUUAUAUGGUGGUUGCAGUGGUAAUGCUAACCGGUUCAUCACUCUACAGCAGUGCAUCCAAUCAUGUGGCUGUGGAACAGGUAACACUGCUUUGAAUUGCAGUGGUGAUCUUUGUGAGAGAGCUUCUUGUGAGGCUCAUGAUAACUCAGUUUGUGAAGUUGACUCUUGUUCAAACUGCACUGUUAAGCAUUACGUGGGAGUAGAAGAAGUCACUGAUCAAUGUGAUGUGUGUUCUCUUCCUCCUGAUGGGGGCUCUUGUAAUGCUAGUAUUAGUAGAUGGCAUUUCAAUGCUGAUAGUCGUCAGUGUGAAUUGCUAAAAUAUGGAGGCUGUGAAGGUAACAAAAACAACUUUAACACAUUAAGAAGCUGUCUUCAAACAUGUGGUAGUCAGACCUGUGAGGUUGGAGUGAGUACUGUUGAUUGCUAUACUGAUCCUUGUCGCACUACUCAUUGUCCUAAUUUUGACAAUGCUCUCUGUAUACCUAAUCAUUGUGGAGAGUGCUCUGCUCAUUAUUAUAACAGCACAGGGCAUGAUAUAACAAUGAUGUGCGGUGAUUGUCCAUCUGACAAGGCACCAGUGAAGUGUCUCAUCAAUCCAUGUGAUCAUAGCACAUGCCCUAACCUACCACCAACUGAAUGUGUGCUGAAUGUCUGUGGGGAAUGCAAGGCACAGUAUUACUGGAACAAUGUUGAUGUCACUGAAUUCUGCAUGACAUGUCCAUCUGGUGGUCAGAUAUUUAAGGAAUGUGGUGCCUCAUGUCAACGUACUUGUGAUGAUGUUCGUUACCAGAGACCUUUUGUUUGCAGUAGACACUACUGUGUGCCUGGCUGUGCAUGCCCUGCUGGACAGGUAUUGGAUGAGUCGAUCAAUAGGUGUGUGUAUCCAGAGCAGUGUCCCUGUCAAGGAACGUGUGACCCAGUUCCUAAUAAUUGUACAGUACUCACUUAUGAUAAUUGUAACUGUCCAUUAUGUAGAGAUUGUCCUAUUGUUGGUCAGGAGUAUAAUGAUGUAAAGGCUAGUUGUCCAAAGACUUGCUCUAAUCCUCACCUUUUGUGUGCUGGUGAAGGACAGCCUGGCUGCUCCUGCCCUCUGGGUCAAGUGAUUGAUGAAAUGAACAAUCAUUGUGUACAACUUAAAGACUGUCCUAAACCAGAUCCGUGUACAUUAGCACCAGAGAGAGGUCCCUGUACUGCUAGUAUUUCAAGAUACCAUUACAAUGGCACUAGUCAGACAUGUCAGCAGUUUUCAUACGGUGGUUGCUUCCCUAAUGAAAAUAAUUUUUUGACUCAGCAUGACUGUGAAGACAAGUGUAGUGAUUGUUAUCCAGUAUGUACUCCAGAAUAUUGUGCAAUAAAAAGAGGAGGAACAUGUUCUGUACCCUCAUCUCCUCCUGGCAGUACUCAAGGGUGUCCAGGAGGAUGUGCUAUAUCCAAUUGUGGUGCUUGUUAUUAUUCAUAUAAUGAUCUACCAUUCCCUCCAUUACCUGGUUCUUGUCCUAGUGUGUGUCCACUGGUCAAUGGUCAAGUGGAUGAGUCCUGCAUGGCAAGAUGGGGGCGCUGUGUCCAGAGAUCAUAUUAUGCUAUUUAUCAAACAGUUUCUGAGCGUGAGAGGUUUAAGAGUAAUUUCCGCUGCUGGUCUCAUCAAUGCACAAACUAAUGCAACUCUAUGACUUCUGUACAUGCACACUGACUGCUGAAUUUUUUAGGUAAAAUUAUUCUUUAAAAUUUUUGCUAUUUGUAA